AUGGUCUUUCCCACGCACUCCUUGGACAUUAUAAACCCGAUGCAGCUCCCCAAAUCCGGUGCAUUGUUUUCCUUGAUGGCAGCUCUGGAAGGAUUUGUCAAGGCCGAUGCCACGGUGUUCUCUUGUCCUCGAUCCAACUCGGAAGGGUGGUGUGUGGAUGUCGCCGCUGAAGUGGGCCAUUCACCCAAAUACGGACCACCUUCGACUGUCACAAACUUCCAAUGCAUCAGGAACCCCCAGAGCAUGUGGUGUUGUCCACUCCAUUCACUCACUUUUACUCCCGGCACGAACCAAGUUAGUCAUGCACAGAUCACUUCCACCUGUCAACUCCAUAAAGGAAACUAG